GCCCCUCCGCCAUGCAAACGCCGCGCGCGCUCCUCUUCUCCCCCCACCGAGGACCCCCGAGCGCAUCUGGGGUUGCUAACAAAAGCCGCUUUUGGGGGGGCUCGGCUUGCAGGCUUGCAGAAAGCGGCGGAGGAAGAAGAGGGUGGCGAGCCGUGCCGUGCCGUGCCGUGCCAUUCCCUAGGCAGUUGAGCGCAGUGGGCUAUGGGAUGGAUGAAGCUGAGCAGGACCAGUCUGAAGCCCGCCUCAAAGAGCUCUUCGACAGCUUUGACGUCACCGGCACUGGCUCCCUGGGCCACGAGGAGCUGACCGAGCUCUGCCACGUCCUGCAACUGGAAACGGUGGCCCCAGGGGCGCUGCAGCAGACACUUCUGCAGGGCGAUCUCCUGAGCCGGGUCCACUUUGACCAGUUUAAAGAAGCCCUCAUCCUCAUCUUGUCCAGGACAUUAACGAAUGAAGAGUCCUUCCAAGAACCAGAUUCUUCGCCGGAAGCCCAACCCAAAUACAUCAAAGGUGGGAAGCGCUAUGGGAGGCGAUCUCUGCCGGAGUUUCAGAAAUCCGUGGAGGACUUUGCGGAGGUGACGGUGAUCGAGCCUCUGAAUGAGGAAGCCCAGCCAUCUUGCAUCUCCAACAAUGACUGCGAGGAGCACUGGAGAUCCCAAGACAGCGAAGAGUAUGAGGCGGAAGGUCAGUUGAGAUUCUGGAAUCCCGACGACCUGAAUGCCUCCCCAAACAUCUCCCCCCCUCAAGACUGGAUAGAGGAGAAGCUGCACGAGGUUUGCGAGAGCCUGGGCAUCUCCAGAGAUGGACAUCUCAGCAGGAGGAAGUUGGUCUCCAUUUGCAAACAGUACGGCUUGCAGAAUGUUGACAUGCAGGUGGCAGAGGACGUCUUCCGCAACCUCGAGCACGACGGCACGAUGAGCAUCGAAGACUUUUUCUACGGCUUCUUCAAAAUCGGGAAGCCUCUCCCGCCUUCGGCUUCAACUCCCUACAGGCAACUCAAGCGCCAUCUCUCCAUGCAGUCCUUUGAUGAAUGCGGGAGGCGGACCACCACGCCUUCGGCAAUGACAAGCACCAUCGGCUUCCGCGUUUUCUCCAGCCUGGAUGACGGAAUGGGCUACGCGGACGUAGAGCAGAUCCUUGACGCCUGGCAGGAAGAAGGAAUUGAGAACAGCCAUGAGAUCCUGAAGGCCUUGGACUUCAACCUGGAUGGAAGAAUUAACCUGACGGAGUUGACUCUCGCCCUGGAAAAUGAACUUCUCAUAACAAAGAACGGGAUAUACCAGGCUGUGCUGGCCAGCUUCAAAACAGAGAUCCGGCAUUUAAUGGAGCAAGCGGACCAAGAAGUCCGAGAGAAGGAGAAGCUCCGUUUGGACUUGGAGAAGGCGGAGAAAUGGAAACUGUUCAUGACCUCCGAGGUGGAUGAGAGGCACUCUGCCAUCGAGCGCCAAAACGAAUACAACCUGAGCAAGCUGGAAGAGGAGUACAAGGAGAGGGUGGCAGCGCUCAAGAGCGAGCUGCAGAGGGAGCGGGAGCAGAUCCAGCAGCAGGCCAGCAAGCAGCAGGCCGACCUGGAGGAGGAGAUGGCGAAGCUGAGGACCGAGGAGAACGACUUGCGGGAGUGCCUGGCUCUGACGCUGAAGGAGAACAGCCGCUUGGAGAACGAACUCCAGGAAACCGGAGAGAAGCUGUUGAAAUGCGAGGGCACCAUCAGCAAACUCCAGAAGAACUGGGAGAAUGUCCUAGCGGAGAAGUAUGGGGAUCUCGAUCCCAGCAGCGCAGAGUUCUUCCUCCAAGAGGAGCGGCUGAUGCAGAUGAAGAAUACGUACGAACAGCAGUGCAGGGAACUCCAAGACCAAAUCGAUGAGCUUCAGUCUCAGCUGGAAGAGUACCAGGGUCAAGGCAGAGUCGCCCGGAGUCCUCUGAAAGCCUCUCUCUACGAGGAGCUGGACGAUGACGGGGCAGAGGGAGCUCAAGCGCCCGGUUCUGAAGACUGCAACCCGCUAAAUAUGAGCAUAGAAGCCGAAAUGGCUAUCGAGCAACUGAAAGAUCAGCACCAACAGGACCUCUGCAGCUUGCAAGAGGAGCUUCAGAACAGGCUGUGCCAUUACCAGAAGCAGCUGGAGGAGAGCAAGACUCGCUGUGCCAAGGAGCAAGAGAUCCUCCAGCAGCACCACGCCCAGGAAAGGCAAGCCUUGGAAGAGCAGGUUGACCGGCUGCAAGCCCAGGUGUCUGAGCUCCAGGAGGAGCUGGAGAGGCUCCGGCAAGAGUGGCAGGAGGCCGACUCACAGCAGAAGGUGGAGACUGGCAGCCUGCAGGUAUCCCUGGAGGAGAAGGCCAGCCUGGUGGACCAGCUAAAGCUCCAGCACCAGGAGGAGCUGCAGGCCAGGCUGCAGGAGGCCCGCGAGGGUUUCGGCCGUGAGCGAGAAGAGCUGGUCCAGGCCAGGGUCCGGCUGGAAGAGAAAAUGAGAGCCAUGGUGCAGACGGUCCAGGAAGAGAAAGCAGAGAUGGAGGGCGGUUUCCACGAGCAGCUGCGGAGGCUGGAGGAGAAGCUAGUGGUGGAGAAGGAGGCGCUGCAGCAAGAGCUGGCGCGGAAGUAUCGGGAGGAGCUCGAGGAGGAAAGGGGUGAGAUGGAUCGCCUCCGAGAGGAAAAUGCUCUUUUGCGGAACAAAAUCGCCUUUAUGAACGAAGAAGGCAGCAUUUGCGACCUGCGCUUGAGAGAGCUCAACGGGUCUCGAGAAGAACUCUGGCAGCAGAUGGAGUCUGUGCAGAAAGAAAAAGUUGCGGUGCAAAAAAUGGCCGAGAACCUGAAAAAGCAGGCCUCCGAACUGAAAGCCCGGAAUCAGCAGCUGGAGUUUGAGAACGCAGAGCUUGACCGGAAAACGUCUCCCCACCAGGUGGAUGCGCAAGAUCUUAACCAACGGCUGCGCAAGGUCCUUCGGCAGAAGGAGGUGGAGAAGGGUGUGCCGGAGGAGAGGGAAGGCUCCUGGCUCCAGGAGGAACUGGAAAACUGGAAAAUCCAGUCCUCGACGCUGGAGAUGGAGCUGUCUCAGCUCAGGGCUCAGGCCCUCGCUCUGGAGCAGGAGAACUACUUCCUCAAGGAAGAGCUGGGAAAGGGAAAGCAGAUUCCCAGGUGCCCGGACCUCUCUGACCUCCAGAAUGAGAUUUCCGGCGUCCUUGUGAAAAACGAGAAGCUUUUGAAAGAGAAGGAAGCCCUCAGUGAGGAGCUGAACAGAUGUGCGCAGAAGGUAGCCAAAGUGGCCUUCCUGGAGGAUCUCGUCGCUUCCCUGAAACAGGAGAAGUCAUCUCUGGAGCACCAGAAUCAGAUUCUGAAAACUCAGAAGGCAGCGUCGCAAGACAAGAUGCAGAAUUUUGAUGACGCUGUGCAAAAUGCCCAGGUUUCCAGGCUCAAGUCUGACCUCAGGGUGUCCCAGCAGGAGAAGGAGGUUCUGAAGCAGGAAGUGAUGUCCUUACACAAGCAGUUGCAGACCAGCAAUGAUAAGAAUCGGGCCCUUGAAGCAGCCGUGCAUUCGGCGGGGCUGCAGAGCCAGCAGAAGCAGCUGUGCUGGGGGGACGAAGUGGGUCUUCUGGCCCAGCAGGACCAGCAGCUCUUGAGGCAGGACAACGAGCGGCUCCAGCAAGAGCUCCAGAGCGCCAGCUCAGACCUCGCUCGUUCCAGAGAGAAGAUCCGUCAGCUGGAAUCCACCAUCCUGACCCAGAAGCACCUAAAACACCAAAGCCAUUUAGGGAUUGUGAACGCCAUUGAGCAGGAGAAAGCGAGUCUGAAGAGGGAAUGCGAGAAGCUUCAGAAGGAGCUGGCCUCAGCCAACUGGAAGAUCAGCCAGAUGAGUUCCCUUGAGCGCGAGCUGGAAGCCGUCAAUCUGGAAAACGAAGGCCUACGGAAGAAGCAAGUCAAACGGGACGAACAGGUGAUGGAGCUGCUACACUCGAGCUCCAGCGUGAUGCUUAGCCCGUCGCAGCAUCCUCGCGACCUCCAGCAGCAAGGCUGCCCUGUGGUCCCCUGGGAAGAGUACCAGCAGCUCCAGCGCCAGUUCCUGCAGGAGGAGAGGAGGUGCCAGCGCCUGCAGGAGGAGCUCGAAAACCGGCCCUUGGAGACGAACAUGCCCCAGGGUGGACAAGAGCAUCUGCUCAAAACCAUGGAAAAGCGCAUGAUGGAUGUUGAACAGCAGCUGAGGCUGGUGAAGAGGCUGCUCCAAGACAAAGUCAAUCAGCUGAAAGAACAGCUUGCCAAGAACACGAAAGCCGACGAGAUGGUGAAGGACCUCUUUGUGGAGAACGCCCAGCUCCUGAAGGCCCUGGAGAUGACCGAGCGGAGGCAGAAGACUGUGGAGAAGAAGAACUACUUGCUGGAAGAAAAGAUUGCCAACCUUGGCCGGAUCGUCAAGAACCUGACCUCGCCCACCUUGGGCUCCGCGGCUCAGCUGGGGUCUUAGCAAAGCCAUACCCGCCUGUCUCUGCACAGCUGGGGACGCACUUUACUCAAUGCUGCCUUUUCAACGCUGCCUUUUUAAGAUUAGUGACAACGGCUGCCCUUUGGGCUGUUCCUUCUCUGCCCCAAAGAAACCCUGAUUCUGUUCUCGGGUGCACAUUAUCCCCACAUGCCUUGUGGCGCAAUGUUGCUCUGCCAGCAACACCUAGAAGGUGGCCAGACCGAGGUUGAUCUUCUCAUCAGGGAGUUCAGGAAAAGCCAGAGCUCUUAGAGGUUCUCCUUUCCUGAUCUGAUGGGGCAGUGGAGGUGAGAAAACAGAUGGGACACGGACAGAGCAGAGAGGACCAGCUGAGGACAAGGGAGAUUUGAUCCUCAGGCUCUUGGGGAUGAAGGGGAGGCCUGGAGAUGGAUCUCUUCAGGCAAUCUCAGGGCCAGGAUCCAAACGUGGACCUCAGGGCGCCUCAUAGCCCACGAGCAUCACUGCUGAAAAGGCCACGUUGCUCAGGUGAACCAAGCCUGGAGAACGUUCAAUCAAGGGUGGGGAGCCACAGGCCUGGGAACCAAUUGCACCCCAUCCUUGCCUCUCUAGAUGCCCCUCUGGCUACAGGCCCUCCCCAGCCCUGCUCCACACACCUCCUGAGCAUCCUGGCUGGAAUGUGCCCAUGAGGGCAGGAUAAUUCCUUCUGCGUGUCUGCAAGGAGACAGGCAUGGCUGUGCAUCCCUCUAGGGAAGAGAUGUGUCUCAGAGCAUCUGUCUUGCAAGCAGAAUGUCCCAGCUUCCACCCCCAGUCGGGCUAGGAGAGGCUCUGGAGAGCUGCUGCCAGUUGGUGUAGGCAUUACUGAGCUGGAUGGACCAAUGGUCUGUAUAAGGCUGUGAGGUGCCUGUGUGCAUCCCAGAGAGAGAGAGAAUAUCUCUGGCUUUCAUGUGCCUGGAAUGUACCUACAGUUCUUGUUUAGUCGUGUCCGCCUCUUCGUGACCCCCUGGACCAGAGUACGCCACUCCUGUCUUCCACUGCCUCCUGCAGUUUGGUCAAACUCAUGC